GUGGAAGUCCCUCAGUCAUGGCUGCCCCCAAAACCUCCGCCACGGGAGGCAUCUCUUCGACGAGCGGCGGCACUAACUUGCUCUUCUCCUCCUCGGCCACCGAAUUCAAUUUCACCGUCCCUUUCAUCCCCGUCAGCCAAACCGCUCCUGUGGCCGGUACGGGACCUGGCCUCCUUCCCACAGAUGAUAACACAGAUGUUGGUGAAGAAGACAGCUUCCUAGGCCAGACAUCAACAAAUGUGAACCCUCCAGCUACAUUCAGUUAUUUUUCUCAAAUUCCUAGCAGUAGUGAUCCCUUUGGAAGCAUUGGACAACCACCCUUGGCAACCUCAACCCAAGCUGGGACAUCUGUUUUCUCUAAACCUCCAGUUUCUUUCCCUCUUCUGCCUUCAUCACAAGAUGGGCCAAAUGUAUUUUCAGCUUCUGCUUCCAAAUCACAGUCUUUUAAUACACCGUCUACUUCAGUACAAGGAAUUGGAACUUAUCAAACACCUCAGCAAAGUGGUCCUCCACCAGCAGUCUUUUCAACACCACCUCAGGGAGCAUCACAACAAGGCUAUAACCCCUAUCGUCAUACUACCUUAAGUAGUAGAGCCAAUCCUUACAUUACUCCCCCACAGCUGCAACAGACACAAGCACCUGCCCAGAGUCUGCAGCCUUCACCUUCUGUACCACCUAUGCAGACAUAUCCAACUCCUGCAGGACCAAUGCCACCGUCAGCCCUAUCACCUCAGACAUCAAUGUCAGCAGGCCCACUUGUGAAGGCACCACCUGUCUUAUUACAAAACCAGUAUGAACCAGUUCAGCCACAUUGGUUUUACUGUAAGGAAGUGGAAAACAAGGAGCUAUGGAUGCCAUUUAGUGAUCUAGAUUCUACAACUCUAGAGAAGGUUUAUAAUUCUGUGCAACCUGAUCCAGAGAGUGUAGUUUUGAGUACUGAUGGAGGACGUUAUGAUGUUUAUCUAUAUGACCGUGUGAGGAAAGCUGUAUAUUGGGAAGAACAACAAUCUGAAGUAAGACGAUGUACUUGGUUUUAUAAGGGAGAUAAGGACAGCAGAUUUAUUCCUUAUACGGAAGAUUUCAGUGAAAAACUAGAGGCCGAGUAUAAGAAAGCUGUUACCACAAAUCAAUGGCAUCGGCGAUUAGAAUUUCCAGGUGGAGAAACUUUCGUUAUGCAUAAUCCUAAGGUUAUAGUUCAGUUCCAGCCUUCUUCAAUACCAGAUGAAUGGGGCACCACACAAGAUGAUCAGACCAGACCAAGAGUAGUUAAACGUGGGAUUGAUGAUGAUCAUGAGGAUAUUCCAGAUGGUGAAGUGUCUCAAAUUGAUCAUUUGGUAUUUAUGGUCCAUGGAAUUGGCCCAGUCUGCGAUCUGCGCUUCAGAAGCAUUGUUGAAUGUGUUGAUGACUUUCGGACAGUAUCCCUGAAAUUGCUGCAAACACAUUUUAAGAAAUCUAUAGAAGAACAUAAAGUGAGUAGAGUCGAAUUCCUGCCAGUUCAUUGGCAUAAUGCUUUACAUGGAGAUGCAACAGGGGUGGAUAGGAAUAUUAAAAAAAUAACAUUGCCAACUAUUGGACGUCUCCGCCACUUCACCAAUGAGACUCUACUUGAUAUCCUGUUUUACAAUAGCCCCACUUACUGCCAAACAGUUGUGGAGAAAGUAACAGUAGAAAUGAACCAUCUUCAUUCCCUGUUCAUGAGCAGAAACCCUGACUUUAAAGGCGGAAUCUCUGUUGCUGGCCACAGUUUAGGAUCCUUGGUUCUAUUUGACAUACUGUCCAAUCAGAAGGAUUGGACGUCUGCAGUUAAUUCUACUACUGUUGCUUCCAAUGGUGCUGUGAAAGAUGUGACAGAUGACCAGCAGGGAUCAUUGAAUUCUAAUUCUGCUGGUUGCCUACUGUCUCAUUUAAAUGAUGAACAUGGGGAUCAUGAUGAUGAGGAUGAUAUUCCAACCUUGCAAAGAACUUUGGAAAUGCUUAGUUUGUCAGAUUAUAUCAAUACUUUUGAAAAGGAGAAAAUUGACAUGGAAUCUCUGUUGCUGUGUACAAUUGAUGACUUGAAGGAAAUGGGAAUACCUCUUGGGCCUCGGAAGAAGAUAGCAAACUUUGUAAAAGACAGAGCAGCCAAACAGGAACAAAAAAAGGCAUUACUAGAGAAAAAGGCUGCAAUGGAAGAAGUUGCUCAGACAGUAAAGUUUUCUUCGGCUACUUCAUCUUCAGAACCUGCCGUUCCUCAGGACGCAUCCAAACGAAAAUGCCCAUUUGGAACAGCUGUGUCAUCUGCACACAUAGACUAUGAAUUUUUUGAAGUGGGAACAGGCCAGGUGUCCGUGGUAUACAAUAUGCUUGAUUUUGAACCAGAUAUUUUCUUUGCUUUGGGUUCUCCAAUUGGUGUAUUUCUCACUGUAAGAGGAGUGGAAAAAAUUGAUGAAAGCUACAGGCUGCCAACCUGCAAGGGAUUUUUUAACAUAUAUCAUCCGCUUGAUCCAGUGGCAUACAGGCUAGAACCUAUGAUUAUUUCUGAUUUUGAUAUGAAACCAGUCCUCAUUCCACACCACAAAGGCAGAAAAAGACUCCACCUUGAAUUGAAAGAUUCUCUCUCUCGGAUGGGAUCAGACUUGAAACAAGGCUUUCUCAGCUCUUUGAAAAGUGCUUGGCAAACCCUUAACGAAUUUGCACGUGCCCAUACCUCUUCUUCCCAACUCCAAGCAGAAUUGGAGAAAGUGGCCCACCAAAUCAAAGCAGAAGAGGAAAAAGAUGAGGCAGAAGAAAAGAUAGCGGAAAGUCCAGAACUUUCAAAGGAUGAAGACUUGAGUAUAAAAAUUGGUUUGCUAAAUGGAGGCCGCCGUAUUGAUUAUGUUCUUCAAGAAAAACCUAUAGAAAGUUUUAAUGAAUAUCUUUUUGCUCUACAGAGUCACUUGUGCUACUGCAUCUCAGCAAAGGUAUAUACUACCACAUCACAAUUCAGCAAGUAAACAAUCAAUGCGUUUAUAAAAUCCAUAUAUAGGAGCCAUUGUGGCGCAAAUGUUCGAAUGCAGUAUUACAGGCUGACUCUGCCCACUGCCAAUAGUUUGAUCCUGAUCAGCUCAAAGUUGACUCAGCCUUCCAUCUUUCUGACGUUGGUAAGAUGAGGACCAAGAUUGUUGGGGGCAAUAUGCUGAUAUUAUAAAUGGCUCAGAAAGUGCUGUAAAGGACUAUGGAAUAUAUAGGUCUAAGUACUAUUGCUAUUGCUAGAUAUUACUAGCACCUUUUUGCAUGUGGAAUCCUUGAUACUCUCUGAGCCUGGGUGUUUCUUUGCAGAUAUUUUAUUACCCAACUAGGUAACAGAUCAUUACUGAUAAGUAUGAGCUCUGCUCCCUGCCAUUAUUAGUUGGGGCAUGGUUUUUUUCCUUGAUAGUUCCUUGAUUAGGGUGUGGUUUUCUGCUUGAUUGUUUUUCUGGUGUUAAUCCCUUAUCUGAAUGUUGGUUGCUGGAGGGGAUGUAUUCUGGACUUUCUGUUUCUUUCUUCUUUCUAUUAUCUCUUUUGAAUGGCAUGUAAAUGUGGUUUAUCUCUAUGUGACUAUUGAUGGGAGUAUGAAGAAAAAAGCAAAGUUAAUCUCAUGACAUAUGGAUACAGCCAUCUAUAGUUUCAGCUAGAAUCUAUAACCAUCCUAGACUAAACUUCGUCCAAAACGCUAGGGAAUUCUUGGAAGCUUGUCAUUUAGGCAAAUCAGCCAUCAAUAGCGUAUAGAUAUAAACAACAUUUGCACACUAUUAAAAAGUGAGAGUAAGGAGGAAACAAAAAAAGACCAGGACACAUCCUUUUCGGUAACUCAACAUCCAGAUAAGCAGGAAUUAAUACCAGAAAUCCUGCACCUGUACAGUAAAAAAAGAAAGUAUGUAAUAUAACAACUCGUCAGGGAAAAGAAAAUCAGUAAUAAUAAUAAAUUAUUAUGUUUUAAAACAAUAAAACAACAUCUAAUUAAAACAUUUGCACAAUUGUGUCACUUGAUAAAAGUAUUUGGAUAUCUGGUAUGUGAGUAUAGUGUUAUCAGCUCUCAAAAAGUAAUAAACAGAAAAAUUAUCAGUUUGACCCUCAAAUUUGGGAUCGUUGGGUGGAUCAGUGUACUUUUGGGGCAUCAUAAAAAGGACACUGAGGACAUGAGAAAGAGUUUCUACCUCCCUGGACCCACAAGGGCAAUGUCUCUGUAAAUGAGGAGUCCCAUAAAAUUUUUCCACUGAUAGUCCUGAUGGGAAAUAUUGGAAAACCAAUCUGGCCCAAACAAAACAAAAACAACUAGUAAGGUGAAAACCAUUCCUCUACCUGUAGUGGUAGGGCAAACUACUGUAUAUACAGGAUAUGAGAUAUUCGGGUUACAGUGCUGCAUCAGUUUAAGAACAAAGGACCUGUUUACUGAAGUUAUGCUACACAAAACCAAGAGUUUUGUUUCAGACUACAGGAGUGGGAAAAUUCUUAUUCAACUAAAGUAGCCCUUGAUAUAUUCCUAUAAUAUUGACUUUAUAGUAUUUUGGUUUAAAAGAUAAAAUGAGGGCUUGUAACUGUAGUCUAUUAUUUUGCUAAAAACUUUAAUGUAGGAGUAUUACAUCUGGCAUCUGAAUAUGGAAAUGUUGUAUUGUAUUUGAUGUACUUUAGUAAAAUACAACAUCCUGCUAUUUCUUAUCAAAUAUUCUGCCACAGCAUUUGCUAGCCUGAUAUCUACCAGGAGAAAACAUGAAAUCAGUCGUCUUCUUUACUUUCCCAACAACUUUAUUUUCUAUGAAUUUAAUUUCCCACACCUUAGAGAUUUCCAAGUUGAUUACCAUCACUAUAUCCUGAGAUUGUAAAUAACAGUAAUUUAUUCAUCUUACAUGCUUUCUUUUUUUUAAAAAAAAAGUAGGGAGGCUUAGAAUUUACGUCCCAGUUUGCUUGCUUAUAUUUUGCUUCAGAAAUGUUCCAAUUUCCUUUGCUUGGUCUAUGCUGGAAGGUUGUUAGAUAGUAUUUCCAUAAGGUGGCACUCUUGCUUUAAAUAAAAUUCUGUUGACUAAUAAGUGAUAAAAUUGUUAGAUUCUUACAGGCUGAAGCCAAAUACAUCAUACAUCAUACAUUGCUGAUUAAUAAAAUAAACCUUGAGUUAGUAGACAAACAGUAUUUUUUCUAUUACUAAGAAAUAGUCAGUCUUUCUUUCUGCCUGCCCUUUGAGUAUAGGGGUGAAGAGAUGCAAGGAUUCAUAUAAUAAAUGAUUUUUUGGUGUUUCUAUACACUGUUCUAUUUCAGUAUGAUGCUUAAUGUAUUCAAAUAAAUUAUACAAAAAUUCUCCUGGGGAUUAGCUCACCAUUAUAUCCUUGCCUGAAAUCUAUUUGGACAACUUGAAGGUUAUUUAAUUAUUUAUAAAAUUAGGAGAAUUAUUGCAUUUUGUAAUAUAUCUAUUAGAUUCAAUAAUCUACUGUAGACUGAUAUUGUAGUAUGCUGUGCUGGAUUACAAAUAAAAAUUAGUCUUGAGGGUUUUUUUGGUAUUAAUAUAUUCAUUACCUAAUUUGGUAUAAGGUGAAGUCCAACCACCAAUGAAUAAUUAGAAAUAGCAAUGCAUUAAUACAGAGCCUGGCUCUCUGAACUAACAAACAUUAGAGUGCUGCUAACUGUAUUAUAAAAAAGUAAAAACAUUUUGUUAGUAUAUUCUUUUUACAAUAGUGCAUUAAGAAACAAAAUAUAGUUCUACUCUAUGAAUGGAAUCAAAUUUUGUUCCUUUGCUAAGAAGCUUGAUACUAUGAGCGAAAGGAUCUAUAUACCAUUGCUUACAAAUGC